UUUAUUUCUAGAUAACUGCGAAGGAAACGAUUGUUCUUAGGAAGUUUCGCUUUCAUCUCAAAAUGCGUCUAGUAAAAAAGGAUCAAUUGUUCUUUUUGGUUUUGCUUUUCAAAGUCUUCUCUUUCGAAGCAAAUGUUUUUGGCUAUGACGAAGUUCUAACUGCCCAAUCCAACAUUAAUUCUCUGUACAAAGUUGUAAGCAGUAAAAGUUUGACCCUCAAAAUGAGGUUGAUGCAGACGAAAGAGAAAAUUGCCAAAACAAACCAGGAGCUUGGUAUAUUGAAGAAAAUACAGCACCUGCUUGAAGAGAUUAACAAGGGUAAACCGUGUGAACACGAGUAUGUUUUACUGGAUUACCGCUACAAACAAACCAUUGAAAUAAAAGCCCGAUCAGAACUACAAGCUCAUUUCACUAUCAAACUCAAAGUUGACCACAAAACUUUGGUAGAUCAGAAACAAUCGCAAAUGAACGGUCACGAUCUUCGUGUAUUCUACCUGCCAAAAAAAGGUUCCCUGCCUGUGGAAAUUGAUCGAUUCAUCUCCAAACCUAACACAAAAAACACGACUGUGCACUUUCGUACCCAGAAACCUAUUCCUGCUGGUAGCUCCGAUCGAAAGUCCUACGUCCUCGUAUUUGGAGGUAAACACAAUGACCUUGCAAAAGCUGAUCCAAAAAAGAUUUUUGCCUUUUACGACAAUUUUGAAAGUCGCUCAUUGGAUGGAUGGAAGCAAAACUGGGGCGACUGGAGCGUUAAAMACGGGAAAUUAUACGGCAAGACAGGGAAAUCAUCACAUGGAWACGGAGAAGUUGGUUUGUACAUCAAAGAAGGACAACAAUGGAAGGACGUUGAAGUUGAGCUUGAUUUCAUGGAAACAGGUGCCAAUACAGUUUACCCAGGAUCCUUUCUAAGAAUCAUGAAUCCAAGCCUUAAACAAACUACAGCCUGGUGGUUUGAAUAUUACACGGACCRCAAAGMAUGUACAAUGAGACCUUUCCAAAGCAAUAAAGAUGGUGGCUGGAAAUACAGAUGCAACUUACCUGAAAAACUCCUCAAAAACAAAUGGUACCACUUCAAGUAUCGCGUUGARGGUAACAAGAUAAAGCAGUGGGCUAACGGAAAACUGAUACAGGACGYAGCUGUWGAUAAACAGUGGAUGAUUCCCAGGGGGACUGUAGGGUUAGGRUGUCAUUCUAUAUACUCAGGCAGCCCAACAGGAUGCAAGUCAUAUUACGACAACAUUAAAGUCACUCUUCUGRCCAAGGUCAUCCCGAAAGUCUCCACAGGACAAAUAUGCAACAUAGUUAAAAAUGUUCGACUUGGAACAAAAGAAAAUCCGGCCAGUUCCUGCAGACAAAUCUACGAAGAAAAAGUCGCCGCAGGAAAAGCGAGACAGAACAGAAUUUACUGGAUAAAGACUUCUGACAAAGGCAACGCCGUGCAGACCUUUUGUGACAUGAAAAUGGGUGGAUGGACUCUCGUCGGUAAAAUAAGUGGCCAGGCAGGGAACAUCUACAAAUCAUGGCUGGUGAAAAACGUGAAUGWGGAAGUUCUCAAAUCCCCAAAACUACCCAACAAGAACGUAAAAUACGGAUGUCUYGACUCACGACUUCUUGCUGUGAAACAUUCCUCAGUGAUCAUGUUUUCGAGCGGAGAGAAUGMUUUGGGUGUUGGAGCAAAAUGGGUCCAAUGGAAGUUACCGCCUGGUAGRGAGAUCGGUACAUGGUGGAAUCACGCCGUGGGCUAUAAAAAAGUUAAAUCAGCGACGGCAAGGGCCGUUAAAGUGAGGGCUUGGAAUGGAAAGCGUAAGACAUGCUACCAGAACAAGUAUGGGAUAAUGCCAUUUCAAAGCCAUGGGGGRUCAUAUCCUUAUGCUUCAYUCAACAAGCAGGGAAAUACAGRKGUGAAAGACUACUGCAUGGGGGUGGGAGUACUGAGGAAAGGCUCCAAAGCAGACGGCUGGUCCAACACUGGUCCCAAUGGCUAUGAUUCCCCUCAGAGUAAUAGUGAUUGGCCAAAUGGUUCCUACAAUCACCAAAAGCCAUACUUGCUUGUAUGGCUUAAGUAAAGGACAACUACAUAGCAUAAAAACUGGUUAGGCAUAGAUUAAAGACUCACGUGCAUCCAAGAACCUUUGCGGGAUUUUCUCAGAUCUUCAUCUUUGAACCAAUCCUCAGGUAUCUUUCAACAAGAGAAACGACCGCAAAGGUUCAUGGAUGCAAGUGAGCCUUUUACCCUUUAUGCAUUCCUAAAUAUCAAGAUUUGUAUCAACGAAUAAAGCACAUAAUAAGCUGUA